AUGGUUGCGCCGGCGCGGAGGAGGCCCAGCCUAGGGCGGCAGAAGAUCGAGAUCCGCCGCAUCGAGAGCGAGGAGGCACGGCAGGUUUGCUUCUCCAAGCGCCGUGCCGGCUUCUUCAAGAAGGCCAGCGAGCUGUCCAUCCUCUGCGGCGCCGACGUGGCGGCCGUCGUCUUCUCCCCCGCCGGCAAGGCCUACUCCUUCGGCCACCCGUCCGUCGAGUGCCUCCUCGAGCGCUUCCUGGACUCGUCGUCGCCGGCGACGCAGCAGCAGGGGAAUGCGCGAGUAGUGGUCGAGGAGCUCAACAGGCAGUACGGGGAGCUGCGGGCGUUGGUGGACGCGCACAAGGCGCGGCGGGAGCGGGCGGAGGAGAUGAUAGAGAGGGAGCGCGCGGCGGGGACCCGGUCGGCGGCGUGGGUGGACACGGAGGUGGCGCGCAUGGCCCCGGACGAGCUGGUGGCUUUCGGCACGGCGCUCGUGGCUGUGCAGGGCGCCGUGGCGGCGCGCGCCGACCAGAUGCUGCGCGAGGCGCUGCUCAUUGGCCGGAGGCCACCCACCGCCACUAGUACCAGGCCGGGGCCGGGGCCGCCGCCGCCGGGCUUCUUCCACCUGCCGCAGUUCUGA